GAGUCGGACAUCGCUACUCCCUCAGAGAAAUUGACAGCAGCUGGGUCGCCUGUGUGAGCAAACCCGAAGGACAGACACGGCAGAAAAUAAAACUCUGCCGUUACAGUGGGCUCCCCCUUCCCCUUUCCCCCACCGUUUGAGCGUACAUAUCAACAAACCGACCCCGACGAGCGCUCUUUCUCCGUUUCCCCGCUCUUACAGCGGAGCGGUCAGGACUUUUUUUCCUCGCGAACUGAAACGUCAGUAGCUUAGCCGAGCUAGCGGGCUAACGCGACUAGCUGGGUUCAGCUACAAGCAGGAAUUACAAUUAUUACACCGAGAGACACUGAAGGAUGUCGGGGAAGGAGCAGAAUAAACAAUCCACCACCGAACGGCUCGUCAAAGCAGUGCCGUACCCUCCCACGACGCGGCUCACCAUGAAAGAGCUGUACGAGGACGGCAAGCCCAAGGUGGAGCUUUUGAAGAGCCACCUGGUGAAAGAGGGCCGCCUGGAGGAAGACGCAGCCCUACGCAUCAUCAACGAUGGCGCUAACAUCCUCCGCCAUGAGAAAUGCAUGCUGGAAGUGGAGGCCCCCAUCACAGUGUGUGGAGAUGUCCAUGGGCAGUUUUUUGACCUGAUGAAGCUGUUUGAGGUUGGGGGUUCCCCUCACAAUACACGCUAUCUAUUUUUGGGAGACUAUGUGGAUCGAGGCUAUUUCAGUAUUGAGUGUGUGCUCUAUCUGUGGGCCCUGAAGAUCAACCACCCGACCACCCUCUUCCUCCUCAGAGGCAACCACGAGUGCCGGCAUCUCACGGAGUACUUCACCUUUAAACAAGAAUGCAAGAUUAAGUACUCGGAGCGCGUGUAUGACGCCUGCAUGGAGGCCUUUGACUGCCUUCCUCUGGCCGCUCUGCUCAACCAGCAGUUCCUGUGCGUUCACGGAGGCCUGUCCCCUGAGAUCACCUGCCUUGACGACAUCCGGAAAUUAGACAGGUUUAAAGAGCCUCCAGCUUUCGGGCCGAUGUGCGACCUGCUGUGGUCUGACCCUGGCGAGGACUACGGUAGCGAAAAGAGCUCGGAGCACUUUUGUCACAACAGCGUGAGAGGAUGUUCCUAUUUCUACAGUUACCCUGCAGUAUGUGACUUUCUGAUGAAUAAUAACUUGUUGUCAGUUAUAAGAGCACAUGAAGCCCAAGAUGCGGGGUAUCGAAUGUACAGAAAAAGUCAGACGACAGGCUUCCCCUCUUUAAUCACAAUCUUCUCUGCACCGAACUACUUAGAUGUGUAUAACAAUAAAGCUGCUGUGUUGAAAUACGAGAACAACGUCAUGAACAUCCGGCAGUUCAAUUGCUCUCCUCACCCGUACUGGCUGCCCAACUUCAUGGAUGUGUUCACAUGGUCACUGCCCUUUGUCGGCGAGAAAGUAACAGAGAUGCUGGUCAACGUGUUAAACAUCUGCUCAGACGAUGAGCUCAUGUCAGAGGGAGACGACACAUGUGAAGGUGGCGCCCCGGCAGUCCGCAAGGAGGUGAUCCGAAAUAAGAUUCGUGCCAUUGGCAAGAUGGCCAGAGUCUUCUCUGUUCUUAGAGAGGAGAAUGAGAGUGUGUUGCAGUUAAAGGGCUUGACCCCCACUGGGACAUUGCCUCUGGGUGUGCUGUCAGGAGGCAGACAGACCCUACAGAGCGCCACCAUAGAAGCAGAGGAAGCACGAGCCAUCCAAGGCUUCAACCCUCAACACAAGAUCCAAAGCUUCGAGGAAGCACGCGGCCUGGACCGGAUAAACGAGCGAAUGCCUCCGCGCAAGGACAGCAUGCAGCCAGACGGCACUGCCAACUCCAUCAACGCAGCCAAUUCCCCCGACAAGAACGGCACCAACGCACAGGCGUAGUAACCCAGCAGCUACCUAGCGCUCUCCCUCAUCCUUUCCUUUCUGUCUCUCAUAUUUUUUUUUUUUUUUUUUUUUUUCUCCUCUGUCUCUCCCUCUGUUUUCCUCUCAUUCUCUCUCUUUUUGGUAGAGGUGAUGCCCCCUACAUGCAAAACUCUCCAGGACCAUUUCGGGGAGAAUCGCACAAUACCAUGAAGAGGGCGUAAUGAAAAACAAACCAUGGUUCUUAUUUAUUUAUUGAUAUAGAUGAUAAGAAAUUUAAGAUCUGUAAUGGUGGGAAAAUUGAGAUGAAUGAAUACGUACAGGAUGAAUAUUACAUGUGUAUAUAAAAUACAGAAUAUAUAUAUAGACAUAGCAUUGGGGUGGUGUAAGGUCAUCUUAGAUUCAGUAGCUAAAAAAUAAAUAAAUACAAAAAAAAAUCCAUUUUGUAAAUUUACGUUUAUAAAUUAGGUUUAUUUCUGACUUUUUUUUCCUUUUCUUUUUUUUUUUUUUUUUUUUUUUUUUUUUAACAUCCAAGACUUGCUCGGCAUAAUUUCUUUACAUUGUUUGUGCGCUUAGCGAAAUAAUUCUUGGCCCAUAUAGAAUGCUUAUUUGUGAAUAAUACCCAAAGCGAGUAUGAUAAUUGUUGACGCAAAACAAAAAAAAAAACAGUUUUGGUAUUGAAGCAUAUGUGGAAAAAUACCUUCAUAAUGCCAAUUAUAGCUACGACGAGUGCAUUAAUAACAAGUGUUGGCACGUUUAUAUGUACAUGUACAUUUUGAAGUGUUCCUCAACCAAAUGUGAUGUUUACUUUGUUUCAUUUGAUUUUUUUAUUUUUUUUUCUUCCUGUGCAUAACUUAAACUACACCAAUUUAUAAUCAAAAAUGGCGGGGAAAAGCAAAAACCUUCCCAGAACUUGGUCGGAGGAGUGGUUGUGUCUGCAUGUUUUUAUUUACUUUCAACCCUCCAUUUUGUAGUCACUCGCGCUUUUAUAGGCCUCCGCCGUACUUUUGCGCACUUUUACACCUUUCAAGGUUUCGCUAAUACCACAGUGGAUAAAGGCACGAUUGAACUGCCGUGAUUUUAUGCAGAUUUUUUUUUUUUUUUUUUUUUUUGCCGUCCCGCUUUAUACAUGCCUUACAACCUGCAUCUCAUCUCGGCUUAAAUAAAUUAGUUAAACGAUUUUUUUUCUAUUGCCUUUUAUUUUCCGUUUUUACAAAUCAAUUGUAGCCCACCAAUUUAAAGUUUUAAAAACCCAUUUAAUUUUUUCAAUUUAUCUAACUAAUGUACCUCUUGUGAGUAUCUUCAGCGCUAGUAUUUCUAUAGCUGAGCUGCGCGCUCUUCUAAACGCCUGUAUUCUGUAGAGUGGACCAUUUUCCACGCAUAUGAUUGACUGAAGCCUGAACCUGAAGCAAAGCAAAGUUAUUUUCAUUGCUUUUACUGUACUGUGUGUUUUUUGAGAAUUAAGAACGCGAUUUGCAAGAACUGUUUACCAAAUCGUCUUUUCAAACUUUUUUUUUUUUUUUUUUUUUUUCGAUACUGUACCAUUAUCGUUGCAUAGUAAUCCAGUGACUGGAGAUUUCGCUCUCAUUAAAGAUUCAAACUUCCUGUGCGUUAGACAUUUUGAGGUCAUGUGCCAUGCUAAUAAAUAUAGCAAAAUUUCUGUGUGCAGGCAUCGAGACUGUCGCUCACACGUGUAUUUUCCGUUUUAUUUAACACCGCAAGCAGUUCAGGGUCUAUACGUCUUGCGCAAUCUUAAAACGAGACUCGGCGAGGAUAAACCUGCAUGUUAUCAUUACUGUAUUUAAAAGUAACUCUCAUCCAAAGAAAAAUCAGUGUUUUAAUGUAAUAUAUUGUAUGGCUUUAUCAUUGACAAAAAAACAAAACACAAAAAAAAACAACU